AUGGACCACGAAGACACCCCACUGAAUUCCCAAAAUGCAGUUGAAGAACCCCGUGAGGCCCCAGAAGAAAUUGUCGAACACUUCCAACAAAUCGAAAAACAACUAAAAACAUGGCAGCAGAUUUCCAGGGAUUACAAUGGAGAACACAAAGUAAAACUCCACAGUUCCCUGGCAUUACUACAACAACAUUUGCAAAAUUAUCAACACUUCAUUAUGACACGCAGAAGAAGAGUUAUACAGAGGCGGCGAAAGCGACAUCAGCAAAUGAGAAAUCUCUUCAUGCGAAUGAUGAGUGAAAUCCAAACACAAUUUGUGGAACAGGUUCCCCUCUGCAUUGAACCAAAGGUGUUUAUGAAAUUACUGGAGGAUGGUCAGAAAAAAUCCUUGCAAGAAAUUGGAUCGGAACAAACAUCUUCUUAUGCCGGGCGGAAUAAAUUUGAUUUCUUUAAGGACAUCUUAAGUCGUUUUACCGAAGAACAAUGGCUAAAUGCAUUCCAUAUGACCAAGGAGAAUUUCAGUGUGAUUUGUUCACGUUUCAAGGCAAAAAUACAAAUCGAUGAGAGUGAGAAAAUGCAAACAAUGGAGGCCUAUGUGGCCAUGUGUAUUUAUACAUUGGCAUCGGGAAAGACUUUUCGUGCCGUGGGCUUACUUUACAAUAAACCACCCACCUUUGUUCGAGCAGCAUUAUAUGAAUUUGUCAAUGCUUUGAUAGAGAAAUUCGCGGAGGAUUAUAUAAAAAUGCCCCAAGAUGUAGAUGAGAUUCAGAAAAUUUGUAAAGGAUUUUCCAAGGCCUCACAUAUGCCCCCAUGUUGUUUGGGAGUGUUGUGUGUUUUUGAAUUACCCACAUUUGCUUACCCGCAGGCGGGCUGUAAAUCCUAUGGCAUGGAUCGUGUAAUUGUCCAAACGUUAAUCGAUAAUCGUCUGCAAUUUCGUAAGGCGGAAAUUGCCCAUCAACAACCCACAAUGUUCCUGGGGAACUCAAAUGACUUGGAAAGUCUACCCAAACGAAAUGAUAAUCUAUCCUAUUUCGUGGUGGCCCCUGAAUACUAUCCUUUACGCAACUGGCUUAUGCAAAAAUAUGAACAACCUGCCGAAUCUUAUGAACAUGAUUUCAAUUCAGCAUUAAGUUAUUUGAAUAUUUUCCGAGAAUUAUCGCUGAAACGUUUAUUUGGCCGUUGGCAGAUACUCUCAUCAACGGAAUUUAUUGAACCCCAAUCAAAAGGUCUUAUUGCCCAAGCAUGUUGUAUUUUACAUAAUAUUCUGGAACAGUUGGGUGAAAUAUAUUCCGAGGAAUGGAGUGAUAACUGUGAUAUCAAUAAAUAUGAAUAUAAAUUGGAGAAUCCUAAGAUGGGGGAUAUUGAUGUGACAGUGGCGAAGGAAGCGAGAAAAAUGAUUGCCCAAAUUGUACACAUGGAUAAUUUGAAGUUGAAUAAAUGA